GAGGGAAGAAUAAAAAAAAAAAAAAAAAAAAGAGAGAGAGCGACGGACGAAGGAAAGCAGGGAAAGAAGGGAACCGUUCUUGGACGUCUGUUUCGAGCAUCGUUCGAGUUUUCCCGAGGGACCCCGAACCUGUCGGUGGCUGCGGUUUUUUCUCGGACUGUUACGUUUCUCGUUGCCGAGGAACGCCACGAUGUGCUGUGUGUGUGUACAGUGCAGUGUCUACUUGGUGCUAACUUAGUGAUAACGAUUUUAAAACACGCCCACGUCGAGCCGUCGCCAGACCACGCCACGGCGUCUUAUCGCGCCGCUCAGGAUUGAUAACGGACAAGAAGCCGUGGUGACAGCUUGAGAUUUUCCUGGCGAUCGUCAGCUCUUCUCAAGGAUUACCUAUGACCUCCUCUCAGGUCCUCAGGAGGACCACGCUUCCGGAAGAGAGGCGUUUUAACCAGCGGUCCUAAUCCCUUUCCACUCCCCCUUGUUCCCCCCACUCCCCUAAUUACCCUCUGGUUCGCCUCCGUUGAGCAACCCCCGUUAAAAGAUCUUCGGAUCGCAGACGGAGGAGGCGGAGGAGGAGGAGGAGGAGGAGGAGGAGGAGGAGGAGGAGGAGGAGGAGGAGGAGGAGGAGGAGGAGGAGAAGGAGGACGUGGAGGAGGAGGUGGAGGAGGAGGAACGGUCGUUAGAAGAGGACAAGUCUCGACAAGAUGGACAUGAGCAGCGAGUCGAGCGCGGCUAGGUGGUAUGAGCCCCCCAGGUCUACGUUGGAGCCGCCAUCAGGGGGCGCGGGGGUCGGCGGAGUUGUAGGCAACCCCACUGACUACAGGGGAUACUACCCCCACGCUGGACCCACCGCACACCACCCUGCCGCCGCUGCACACUAUGCUCACACAAGGAUGUCCAGCAGCGGCGUGACGAGCGGCCCGGUGAGCCAGGUGUGCCGGCCACACUUCCACAGUUCGGUGCUGCACCCGUGGUUAUCGGGGAGCGGCGCGGACACCUCCAAGACACCAUGGGGCUUCCCGGCGUCCACGGGUUCCGGUGGCGCGGUGAGCGACGACAAACCGCAGAGCCCUCUCGGUUCGUCGCUGCCCCCGAGCACAGGCAGCCUGUCGAGUCACGGUGGCGCCGGCGCCGGUCACCAUCUCUUCUCUUUCCCGCCUACGCCGCCGAAGGACGCCACCCCGGACAGUAUCACCGCCAGCACCACGUCCAGUACGAAUAACAACAACAACAGCAGCGCCAGCAACAACAACAACAACACCAGCAAUCCUCUGUCCGGUCUAGGAGGCGGUGCGAGCAGCGAGUACCAAGCGGCAGUGGCGCACGCCGCCGUGAUGGGAGCCUUCAUGCACCACCAGGACGCGCUCGGCGCGUCCGGCGCGAGUUCCUGCGACGUGAAGCCCAGCGUGAUGCUAGGCCACCACCACGGGGCACCGUCGCCGCCCCAUCAGCAGCACAACGGCACCACGAACCCCGGAAACGGCGGGAACAGCGGCGCCGGCGGCGGCGGCCAGGUGAAGCAGCGCGAAGGUAAUAACCAAUCGAGCAGCGUGUCCGGCAGCCAACAGGCGAGCACCGCGCAACAGCAACAACAGCAGCAACAGCAACAGCAAGAGGCGUAUCAGGGGAGCAGCGUGGCUGCUGGAGGCGGCGGUGGCGGCGGUGGCGGCGGCGCCAGCUCGCCGUGCCGGGACAGUUACGCCGCCGCCGCUGCCGCCGCCGCCGCGGCAGCGGCCGCCGCUGCCUCGAACACCCACCAUGCCACUUCCGGGUCCCAGUACGACCCGGCGACCAGCGCGUAUAACAUGUACCAGCACCUGCAGUAUCCUAGUACCAACCACCACCACCACCAUCACCAUCAUCACGGCGCCUCCUCGUCGUCUUCUUCGUCUUCGUCCCACAAUCCGCACAACGGUAACGCCGCGGUGCCCGGUAUAUUCGGGCAUCACGCUGGCAGCGGGCCCGGGAACGCGACCGGCGUGGCCGGCGUAAACGUCGAUUCGAAGUUGUUGGUCGGUCACGCGCACGCAAACACGCCGAGCUCGCCGUCCGCGCAGCAGCAGCAGCAGCAAAAGCCCAGGAACAAGUCGAGGACGUCCGCCGAGGGUCGCGAGUGCGUGAAUUGCGGCGCGACGUCGACGCCACUCUGGAGACGGGACGGGACCGGCCACUACCUCUGCAACGCCUGCGGACUUUAUUACAAGAUGAACGGCCAGAAUCGACCCCUCAUCAAGCCGAAACGACGCCUGUCGCUGCAGAGUGCGGCGAGGCGGGCGGGCACCAGCUGCGCCAACUGCAAGACUGCGACCACCACGCUAUGGCGGAGGAAUCAGGCAGGGGAACCAGUCUGCAACGCGUGCGGCCUCUACUACAAGCUCCACAAUGUGAACCGGCCGCUCACGAUGAAGAAGGAGGGCAUCCAGACGAGGAACAGGAAGCUGUCGUCGAAGAGCAAGAAGAAGAAGGCCGGAGGAUGUUUGGGACUCGGCGGUGUUAUGGGCGAUAUGAUCAAGGCCAGUGGUCAUCUCGAUCUCGAUAACAAGCCCUUCCACUCCGGAUUCGGCUCACCCAUGGGUACGUCGCAGCAUCACCACACGAUGCAUCCGGCGAUGCAGCAUUACAUGUAUCACACGGGCGUCGGCGUGGCUGGAGGUCUUCAUCAAGGAUUUGCGCCACCGGCGCCGCCCCCCAUCCACCCGCACUCGCACUCGCAUUCCCAUUCCCAUCACAUGACGAGUCUUCAGGGUCUCCAACUGGCCGCCACGACGAACGCAAUGACCGGUUGGCGAUCGGAGUACACAUGAAUUGCGAGUGAUCAGCAGCUCAGGACGCAGCCCGCCGCUCUCGUUCUAACGUAAUGAAGUCAAGCUCCCCUCUCUCGCACAACCCCACCCCCCCCCCACACCCCUCCAUUACCCCUUACCCCAUCCCUCGCGCCUCGUGCGAAACGAGAGACGUUCGAAGGGGCAGGAAUCGCGAAAACAAUUUUCCAAACUCCUGUCUUUGUUUUCGCAACGUCCCCCUCCCCGGUAGACUCGCAGUUUCCCCUACUUACCAUCCCCCCUCUCCCCUCUCCCCCUCCCCUACUCUCUUUCACUCGUCUCCUGUUCCUGCGGUCUCGCGUCGCUGUAAAUAUUGUAAAGUUUCAUCGUAGGGCCAUCGAGCCCAGGCCCCAAGUACAAACGAAGUCAAGCUAACAUGUAUCGAGUCUUAUAAUACGCUGUAAAUAAACACUGUUACGGUAAAGUGCAAGAAUUUAUAUCACCCCCCGCGCGUCGAUGCGUAGCGGCAAGGGGACGGGUGGGCGGAGCGUGCUCUCCACACCCUCGACCCCCCCCCCACCUCUUUUUUUUUUUCACGUGAAACCCCUCUUUCGUUCGGAGGGAGUCCUCGAAGACGUAUCUUUCGCGACGUCGAAAACGUUUCGAGCGAUUCUUUUUGGGGAAAUUUUUGUGUUCGACGAUCGGGUGAAGCGUAAGGGUAGGGUGGGGGUGGUGGUAGUGGUGGGAGGAUAGGGGAGGGAGAUCGUUGAUCGUCGAGGACAGGAAUCGUUAGGUAGGGGAAUACCGCUGAACCGUGGAUUUUAACACGUCGAUCGCCGAGAUCGUGUCCGAGGAAAAUUUGUCGAUGGUGGAAAUCGAGUUUGAGACUACAGAGGGAUUUUGUGUGGGUCAAGGUUCAGUAUUUUGCGGCUCGAAGGUUCACAGUUCGAGAUCACAGUUUUCUUAUGUCAACUGCCUGCGAGGAUUUUUAUUCGAAUAGUGCGAAUAAACAGCGAAU